CGGCGACCACAUUCUUUCUUUCUUGCAGCCCCCAUUCCACCAACGAUUAACAAAGGAAAUCUGUAGCUACUUUUUUCAGUGCUUCCUUUUUGUGGCUGCAAAUUUUGUAUUCCGCUUCCAAAAGAAUCAAAUCCCAUUCUCCUGCGUUUACUUUCCAGGUGCACUUUGGACGAAGUACAACACAUAUAUAUAUAUAUGUGCAGAGGCAAGAGUGCCGAUUUAUAAAGUCAGCUGCAAUUGGCUUCUUCAGAACCCCUAAGCUCUUGAGCAUUUUCUCAACCAACUUCAGAUAUCUGUUAAUCUUCCCAUCUUUAAGAUAUGGGUUACCUCAACAGUGGAUCGGAUGAGAAUGUGCAGCAGACGGAUCCUGCGGCAGUGCUACGCAACGGGAGAGAAAUUUUAUUGCAGGCCUUCAACUGGGAGUCUCAUAAACAUGACUGGUGGAGAAACAUAGAGAAGAAAGUUCCUGAUAUUGCAAAAUCUGGCUUCACAUCAGCUUGGUUGCCUCCACCAACUCAUUCAUUCGCACCUCAGGGGUAUACUCCACAGAACCUUUAUUCUUUGAAUUCUGCAUAUGGUUCUGAUUAUGUCUUAAAAGCUUUACUUAGUAAGAUGAAACAGUACAAAGUGAGGGCAAUGGCUGACAUAGUGAUAAAUCACCGAGUUGGGACUACCCAGGGGCAUGGUGGAACGUAUAACCGUUUUGAUGGGAUUCCAUUAGCAUGGGAUGAACGUGCAGUUACAUCAUGUACUGGGGGCCGGGGUAAUAGGAGCACAGGGGAUAACUUUCCUGGUUUUCCAAAUGUUGAUCAUACUCAACACUUUGUUCGGAAAGAUAUGACUGACUGGCUACGGUGGCUUCGCUAUGAUGUUGGUUUCCAGGACUUUCGCUUCGAUUUUGUUAGAGGCUAUUCACCAAAAUAUGUGAGGGAAUACAUUGAAGGUGCGAAGCCAAUAUUUUCUGUUGGCGAAUACUGGGAUAGUUGCAACUACAAUGGCUGUAACUUGGACUACAACCAAGACAAUCACAGGCAAAGAAUUGUCAAUUGGAUUGAUGGUACAGGGCAACUGUCUACUGCUUUUGACUUUACAACGAAGGGAAUUCUCCAGGGAGCCGUGAAAGGAGAACUCUGGCGCCUCCGUGACUCUCAAGGGAAACCACCAGGUGUUAUGGGAUGGUGGCCAUCAAGGGCUGUCACUUUCAUUGAUAACCAUGACACAGGGUCAACUCAGGCUCACUGGCCUUUCCCUGCUAGUCAUAUUAUGGAGGGUUACGCCUAUAUACUCACACAUCCAGGGAUUCCAUCAGUAUUUUAUGACCAUUUUUAUGAUUGGGGAAAUUCCAUUCAUGACCAAAUUGUGAAGCUGAUGGAGAUUCGACGGUUUCAAGGCAUACAUAGCCGAUCCUCGAUAGAAAUCCUUACGGCACAGCCAAACUUGUACGCUGCAAUGAUUGGUGAGAAAAUAUGCAUGAAGAUUGGAGAUGGGUCAUGGUGCCCAGCUGGGAGGGACUGGACGCUUGCAGCUAGCGGCACCAGAUAUGCUGUCUGGCAAAAGUAGAUCCUUUUCUUUGUUAGUGGACUGGGCCGGAACUAAGGGCAGCUUCGAGCUAACCUUCUUUGAAUAAGGCUUUUAGUCCGUAAUAAAUUAAUUCCAAGCAGCUAUUAGCGGGUGAAAUAAGAUACUGCUGCAUACUUGGUUAUACAUUGUAAUAUUGUAUCAGAUGUUGUCUUAUCUUGCGUCUUCUUUUUGUCAUUUUACCUGAUGACGAAAUAAAUAAAAAUGGUGCUUGCAAUUGCAUAUUACUUU